AUUCGCGGAUGCCGCAUUUUGUCCUCGCUUCUUUACAAUAUUUACCUUUAUACCAUUCAUUCUUGUUAUGGUCGCUGACGUGUGCCGGGAGCUUGCUUGCGUUUCUCGUCGCCGUUUCCGGCGGUAUUCCGAUCUCGAUUUCUGACGCACAGAAAAUUAGUGAAUCAGACGCAUCGGAUCCGAUGCCGAGUCCGAAGAGCCACCGGAGAGGAGGAACGGAGGAGAAGAAUAGGAAGGGAAAGUUGGCCGAGAAAGCGAUGUCCUUCAGCGGACAGAGCGGAGCCGGAAGCGCGGCGGAGUUGCUGCACAGGCCGCGGACGGUGCCGGACUUACUCGCCGGCCGGAGAACCUCUUCAUCGCCGAAUUCGGUACAGUUUCCGCCGAAGCUCACGAAGUUGCUGCUGAACGUGACGGUGCAACGGAGCACCGGCGCCUUGCACGUGUUGAUUUCGCCGGAUUCAACGGUGGAGGACCUAAUCGCCGCCGCAAUCCGGCAGUACGUGAAGGAAGGGCGGAGACCGGUUCUUCCCUCAAGCAAAGCCGCCGAUUAUGGGCUCCAUUACUCGCAGUUUAGCUUAGAGAGUUUGGACAGGAAAGAGAAGCUGACUAACUUGGGAUCACGGAACUUCUUCCUGUGCCCGGAAGUGGAAGCCGCCGGCCGGGAAACGACGUCGUCUUUAUCUGGCAGCUGUUCCAAGGAAGCUAGCAAUCCAGUGACAAAAGUUGGAUUAUCAUGGUUCAAAUUCAUGCUCUGAACUCUGAAGAGCUAAAACUGGCAGACUUGUAUAUAUACAUACGUAUAUUUUCUAGAAGAAAGCAUAGAUUAGUCAUUAGUGUUCCAUGACUAUUCUGACCAUAAAAACGAUUGGUCUUUCCUCCGUUUCACACUUCACAGUACUACGAGGUUUGGUUUGGCUCUUCGUUUUGCGACACUGGAAAUUUUGGUCCCAAGUUCCAACCAAUUACAUAUUGUGGUCGGUCAAAUGUGAAAAUUGCAAAUUUCUUUUUUACAACCUGCAUUUAGAUUAUAGGGGUUUUUAAUAGAGAAAAUUAUCACGUGUAUAACUAAAAGACUCCAUCUUUCCUCAUCUAUGACCACAUCAACUUUUAUCCUUAUUU